UCUUUCCCUCUAUCUUUUUCUUUCUGUCUCUGUCUCUCUCUCUCUCUCUCCCACUCGCUCGCUCUCUCUGUGGAUCCUUUCCCCUUCUUUCUCGCCCGCACCCUCGCACAAGUACAUCUUUCCUCGUCGCGAAUUGUGUCUCCCUUUCGUCUUUCCUCUCCGUUGAACCGCUCGCUCGGUCGUACCAUUCGCGCCGCGACGCACCUUCGCCGGAUAACACGAAUGAUGAGUGAGUGCUGACGACCCGCCGGAGUCUCGCCGCUGGUCCCGACGCCUCGUGGUGGUGGGUGCUCGUGAUGACAGUGGCCCGCUGAUACGGCCACGCUGUUUGCGAGAGAGUGCGAAUGUGCGGGCGGACGCGCCUUCUGCCCGCCGGGUGUAAACCUUGACGAACUGGCUGUAGUCGCGUCCCAGUCAGCCAGCCUUCGGGCUCCGCUGCACGUCGUUCACGUGAUCCCGCUCGAGCUCGAGCAGUAAACGUUGAGAGGGUCAGGGUGAUCGACCCGCGGCGGCCGGGGUGAUAUUUUGUGUGGUUAUUCACAAGUUUCACCGUCGAGGAGCCGCUGGAGGACGAAGGGAGGAUCAGGACACGUGCGGAUCAUCGAUCGAGCGUGGAUCGCUCGCUCCCUCCCUCGCGUCUCGUUGAACGCACCGGUCGGCAGUUUCUUUCACGACGGCUCGCACGCUCUUCAGUGACGUGUUCAAUGAUCGAGGAUGGCGAGUCGCGGGCAAUCACGUGGUCGACUUUCACUCGCUAGCGCGCGCAUAUAUUUAUAAUGGAAUUAAUCCAGGGGCUAACUGUCGGCGAAAAGGGUCGGGAUUCCACCGCUGCCAGUAGCGCGGCCGGUCGAUGCUUAUAGCAGGUGGUACCAUGACACUCGUAGCCGCCGAUAUUCGGAAUGAGCUGUGCGCGAGCACGGACUCCUUGACCUCUUAAAGUCGCGGCACACGAUAUGAGGAGUAUACGUCGCGCGAUGUGCAGCCCGCCGCUCUCGGCGAUAUAGCUGCUAAGCUUCGAGUGCCGAGCGAAAGUCGGCGGAAUAACUCGGGUAGUAGCGACCGAACUUCCGGAAAUUUCAACAAGUUCGUCGUCGAAUCGGCUUACGCGCUUAACACGCUUCACCCUCGCAAUACAACACCGUCGUGAUCUGUCAGACGGCGCGGUCUCCCGGUAAGCGAGAGAGGUCAGCGGGAACUUCCGAGAAGCAGUCGGUCCCCCACCGCCGUCCGUCACACGAAAACACUCUCUCGACCGUGCGGUAUUUCCGCCUGCGUGUGUUGACCGUUAACGGGAAAACGCAACAUGAGUCGGUCGAGGUUGUCUCGCCCGUAAUCCAUUCCCGGUAGAUCCGAACCGGAAAAACGAGCGAUUUCGCGGCGGUAUCAUCCGCGCGGGGCCGAUGUCUCUCGCACGUGAAUCCCGUGAACUUCCCCGGCCUCGGCACGCUGAGGCGAGCUGCAGUGACUCCGCAUCGAGGGGACGUUCCGUUUCCCGAGACUUCGCUGAAGUGACGACCCAUUUCGUUCCCAAAUGUGACGAUCCGAGUGCGCGCGACGUGAGGUACAAUUGACGAGGAGGAAAGAGAGAUGCUUCACGCGGGUUCUCGCUGACGUCGAGGCGGAGGAAAAAGUCGAGCCGGUUUGUACACCCGGCUGCGGACCCGGUGAGACCGCGAGGCGUCACAUAAAUCCACGAGGCAGAGAGGAAAAGCCGAGGGACACGACCGGCCGCGGACCCCGCUGUAUCCCCCUGUAAUCCUUUUACGCUCCGCACUCGAGGAUCCCGUUGGCCAAUAACAGCCUGGCCUGUAUCGACCGGCCGAGCAAUCGAGUCCCGAGGCGGUUUAACGAAUAGCAUGAGGCCGACAAGUCCAGGAUCGAAAGGGAUGAUCGAGCAAAGGUCCCAAUGACAUCUCGGCGGGGUGGGAGCGAGGGGUAUCAAAGUCCUCCCAGCCCUCCGAGCAGCGGUUCGGAGGACAAUGGUUUCACGAACCGACCCCGGGUGGCCGGGCUCUACGUGAAGAACCUCAGCAGAGAGGAGCUGGACGAGCUGUCGAAGGAAGGUAUCUACGGGCCCACCGGCGACCCGAACGACCGACCCGGAGACGGCGGUAGCCAGAGAAGUCUCAAUCUGCCCGGCAGCAGCAGCGGCCAGGAUCACCCCAGAGGAGCGGCCUCUCGAACACCUCAGCCACCCAGGAGAUCCGGCGUCGGAUGGAGAUAUCGAGAGGCCGGCGAGCUAUCGGACGAAUUAGCGCGGAGGGAUCAUCAUGGCUCGCUUCCCUUGGAAAGGGGCUGGCCGAAACGACUGGAGGACCGUCCGGGCCAGGGCUCGCCGGAGAGAUCCGCUCGGGGAUCCUCCGAGUUCCCUGCCGCCUGGAAAGAGCCAUUCGUCCGGCCGGAUGUUACAGCGUCGCCCGGAGGAAGCUCCAGCGACGUGCGAGCCAUCGGCGAGGAGUCCAGGAUGCCGGCUGGGCCGCGUCGCUUCGCGGACGGGCCUAGGCGCCCUCCGGAGGGGCCCCGCGUCCCCCCGCCGACGGGAACCACCGGGAGUCGAGGGCCGCCGGGACGGUCGCCACCGCCGUACGCGGGUCUGAGUCCGCCCGAGUACACGGAGGAGUCGCAGACGCCGAGGAUCAGCCCCAGGAGCAACGUGAGCUCCCGCCAGCAAGGCAAGGACUCGCCGUACGAUCGUCCGAGUUCACCGGCGGACGACAACGGCUCCGGGGACUCGAAGCGAGCGACCGACGGGAUGGAGGAUGCUCCGUCGCGAACACCGCUGACGGAGAAGCCGACUUCGCCGGAAUCGAAGAAGAGCGAUUCGCCGCCGGCGAAGAAAAGCGGCUCCAGGGUGCAGGACAGCACGAGACUGCGGCCGCCGUUGGCCGGCACCGCCGGCACCUCCGCCGACUCCGGCACCGGAGACUCCGGAAGUGCGGAGAUCCAGGCGGACGUGGCGAGCCCCCAGGCGACGUCGGCCGACGUCCCGGACGCGAGCAAGAUCGACGGCAAGUCGCCCGGCUCGAGGACACCCGGCGGCAAAACCGGCAAGCAAACGGUCAAGCCGUUCACCAAGGAGAGCCUCGACAGGUUGGAGAACAAGACUGUGCAGUUAGUGCGCGAUUAUGGAUUUCAACCGAAAAGGAAGAUGUCGGUGGAGGAUGGUGCAGUACUGCCAAACAAAUUCGAACCGUUCCCGACCGAGCUCUACGGCAGGCCGCUGGAGGAGAUCGACAACUUCAUCUACGACGAGACGUUCUGCGUGGUGUCCAAGAGGUUCCGCAAGAACUACAUCCAUAGGUUUACGGCGACUAAUAGUUGGUUCAUAUUCUCACCGUGGAAUCCUAUACGGCGGUGCUGUAUCUUCCUAAGUACGAAUCAGUACUUCGAUUACGUGGUCAUGGCUACCAUACUUCUUAACUGCGUCUUCCUGGCCAUGACCGAAACCGUCGAGGAAGCCGAAUAUAUCUUCCUAGCCAUAUACACGGCGGAAAUGGUGAUAAAAUCAAUAGCGAAGGGAUUUAUACUGAACAAGUACACUUAUCUUCGAAAUCCCUGGAAUUGGUUGGACUUCGUGGUGAUUACUAGCGGCUACGCCACCAUCGGAAUGGAAGUCGGGAAUCUGGCCGGUCUCAGGACGUUCAGGGUGUUGAGAGCACUUAAGACUGUAUCCAUUAUGCCAGGUCUAAAGACUAUCAUCAACGCGCUGUUGCACAGCUUCAAGCAACUUGCCGAAGUAAUGACGCUGACGAUUUUCUGCCUGAUGGUUUUUGCACUGUUCGCUUUGCAGGUUUACAUGGGCGAACUUAGGAAUAAGUGUGUGAAGCACCAAGAGCCGAACGCCACGCAAAUCGAUUGGAUCGAGUGGACUUGGAACUCAUCCAAUUGGGCGUUCAACGAGGAAGAGGAGCCAAUCAUCUGCGGCAAUGUAACCGGCGCCAGGCACUGCAACGAGAGCUACACUUGUCUCUGCGUUGGCCCCAAUCCAAACCACGGUUACACCAACUUCGAUAAUUUCCUGUGGUCAAUGCUCACCACCUUUCAGCUGAUUACUCUGGAUUACUGGGAGGACGUCUACAACAAGGUGUUGUCGGCAUGCGGACCUAUUAGCGUCUCGUUCUUCACGGUGGUCGUAUUCUUCGGAUCAUUCUACCUGCUGAACUUAAUGCUGGCCGUCGUGGCGUUGAGUUAUGAAGAAGAGGCGGAGAUCACGAAUGAGGAACGGAGGAAGGACUUAACGGACCAUCGCGAGGACUCGACAUUCAGUUUUGACCCGUCGAAGAUCAAUAUCAAGACCCUGACGAAGGACAAGCAGAAGAGGAUAGACGCUCGUAAAGGGGUGCUGCUCAGCAGUUACACGAGAAAGAAGACGCGUAGAAGAAAGCGCGGGAGGAGCAGCGCCGGUCAAGAGAAAAACGGUGGUGCACGCAGCAGGUCGGUGACGCCGAGUCCGAGCCCGAGUCCGAGGCACUCCAGCGUGCGACCUUCCCACUUGCCGUUGCAGAACGUCAGCCCCAGGCCGCCUGAGCCUCAUCGGCUGGUGCCCAACCGGCUGCACUCCCGACAGGCGAGCAACAAUAGCAACCAGCAGUCGUCGUUAGACGACUCCGGCGUGGUGGACGACCACGACGGCGACGACGUCACGUCCGCCGAGGAGCACGACAAGCGCGAGUCGCGGGAGCACCGGGCCGAGAGACCGGAGAAGUCUCCAAGGGAGCACGGGAAAACCGGUCAGGCGGCUCCCCCGCGACCGGACUGCCCGCCACCGGCGCCGGUCACCGUGUCGGUGAGAACCGGCAACCGGGAGAUCCGCGUGCUCAAAUGCAACGGGGUGAAAACGAAGAAACAUAUGUACGCGCUGCCGCCAGAGUACCUGUCGCAUAUUGUAGUUUUAGAUGAUCUUCCAGAUAGAAAUUGCGAUAAGUGUAUCCAAUGCUGCGUAGAUUACGAAGGAUGGCUACGAUUUCAGAAUUGCUUGUACAAGGUGGUGAGGGAUCCCCUGUUCGAGCUAAUGAUCACUCUCUGCAUCGUCCUGAACACCGGCUUCCUGGCGAUGGAGCAUCACGGCAUGAGCGAGUCGAUACGGCAGGCGCUCAACAUCGGCAACAAGGUGUUCACCAGCAUCUUCACGUUCGAAUGCUUCCUGAAGCUCCUGGCGCUGAGCAAGGACUUCUUCAACAACGGCUGGAACAACUUCGACCUGAUCAUCGUCUCCGCGUCGCUCAUCGACCUGACGUUCGAGCUGGUGGACGGUCUGUCGGUGAUACGCGGUCUCAGGCUGCUGCGCGUCCUCAAGCUGGCGCAGUCCUGGACGACCAUGAAGGUCCUCCUCAGCAUCAUCAUCUCGACGAUCGGCGCGCUCGGUAACCUGACAUUCGUGCUGGUGAUCGUGAUCUACAUAUUCGCCGUGAUCGGCAUGCAGCUGUUCAGCAAGGAUUACACGCUGGACAAGUUCUAUCCGGAUCCGGUGCCGCGCUGGAACUUCAACGAUUUCUUCCACUCGUUCAUGAUGAUAUUCCGCAUCCUGUGCGGCGAAUGGAUCGAGCCGCUCUGGGACUGCAUGCGAGCGGAAAAGGAGGACGGCCCGGGCACCUGCUUCGCCAUCUUCUUGCCGGCGUUAGUGAUGGGCAAUUUCAUGGUCCUCAAUCUCUUUCUCGCCUUACUGCUCAACAGCUUCAAUUCCGAGGAGCUGAAGCAGAAGAAGGAAGAGGUCGGCGAAGAGUCGAAACUCGCGAGAUCGUUCGACCGCAUCAGGUCGAUCGUGCGCAAACAGAAGCACCGUAAAGAGAACUCGGAGAACGAGAAGAACAUACGGCUGGAGCAGAUCGUGCGCGAGGUAAUGGACAAGUCCGACAAGGAGAAGUACGCGAUCCAGGAGACCGUGCUGAGCCUUCCCAAAGACAAUAUUUACAAUAGAUCGUACCAGGAGAGCCUCAAUCAGCCGUUCACGUAUGAUCCGAUCUAUCGUCAGGCCACGCUGACCACCUAUAGCCAGAACAGUCAGGAGACGGUCAAGGAGAAGGGCAACAGCAACGAGACCAAUCCCGAGGAGAGUAUAGAGCUCGAGGUGCUCAAGGACGCCAGCAAGCCGGACGAGGAAGUGGCCAUGUUGCCGGAAGAGAAACCGCCUGGUCGGAAUGGCAGCCAACGCGUUACGAAACGUCCUUGGCAUGCCCUCGUAAGUUACGUGGACGAGCUGACGGUCGGAGGCAGAAGAGACAGCAAAGGGAGGUACGUCGACGGGAUGGGCUCGUUCCCGGGGUUUGGUCGGAACAAAGAGCGCAAGGAGCCGCUGGAUUGCUUUCCCCAACAUUGCUACCAGAAGUGUAGCUGUAUCAAUCGUUGCCUCGCCACGGACAUCGGCAAGAAGUGGAUAAGAAUCCGCACAGUCGUCCUGUCGGUGGUCGACACGCCCGCCUUCGAAUGGAUGAUCUUAGUUUUAAUUUUCGCAUCUUCCAUAACGCUGUGCUUCGAGGACAUCUACUUAGACGACAAUCCUUUUUUGAAGAAGAUUCUCUAUUGGACCAAUCUUGGCUUCUGCACACUUUUCAGCGUCGAGAUGCUCCUGAAGUGGCUAGCCCUAGGCUUCUGUAAAUACUUCACCAGUUUCUGGACAAUCCUGGAUUUUAUAAUCGUUUUCGUAUCCAUGUUUAGUCUUUUGAUAGAAGAAAAUGAGAACCUCAAAGUAUUACGAUCGCUGAGAACGCUACGCGCCUUAAGACCACUGAGGGCGAUCUCGAGAUGGCAAGGCAUGAGGAUCGUAGUGAACGCGUUGAUGUAUGCGAUACCUAGUAUAUUCAACGUGCUCCUCGUGUGUCUCGUGUUCUGGCUGAUUUUUUCAAUAAUGGGCGUCCAGUUCUUCGGUGGCAAGUUCUUCAAGUGCGUCGACGAAUAUGGAGAACUAUUGGAUACUUCGAUAGUGAAUACGAAGGAAGAAUGCAUCAGCAAAAACUAUUCGUGGGAGAAUAGCAAGAUCACUUUCGAUCAUGUUGGCAUCGCUUACCUGGCCUUGUUUCAAGUGGCGACUUUCGAGGGAUGGAUGGAGGUGAUGGAAGACGCUGUCGAUGCAAGAGGUGUGGAUCUGCAACCGCAACGGGAGGCAAACCUGUACGCUUACCUCUACUUCGUCAUUUUCAUCGUCUGUGGUUCAUUCUUCACGCUCAAUCUCUUUAUCGGAGUGAUCAUAGACAACUUCAACAUGCUGAAGAAAAAGUACGAAGGUGGAGUGUUAGAAAUGUUUUUGACCGAGAGUCAAAAACACUACUACACUGCCAUGAAAAAGCUAGGCCGUAAAAAACCGCAAAAAGUAAUAAAACGUCCGAUGAACCAAUUCCUCGCAAUGUUCUACGACCUGUCCAAUUCUCGCAGAUUCGAAAUAGCUAUCUUCGUUUUGAUAUUUCUCAACAUGCUAACGAUGGGAAUCGAGCACUACAAUCAGCCGCAUCCCAUUUUCUUCGUCCUCGAAGUGUCGAACGCGUUCUUCACGACCGUCUUCGGUCUGGAGGCGAUCGUCAAGAUAAUAGGUUUGCGUUACCACUACUUCACGGUGCCGUGGAAUCUGUUCGACUUCCUACUGGUAGUAGCGUCUAUUCUGGGCAUAUUGAUGGAGGACAUCAUGAUUGACUUCCCUGUGUCCCCGACGCUCUUGCGAGUCGUGAGGGUGUUCAGAAUCGGCAGAAUCUUGAGGCUCAUUAAGGCCGCGAAAGGUAUCCGCAAGCUGCUCUUCGCCCUUGUCGUCAGUCUUCCAGCACUCUUCAACAUCGGGGCCCUGCUGGCCUUGAUCACGUUCAUCUACGCCAUCAUCGGCAUGUCCGUUUUCGGACACGUCAGGAAACAAGGCGCGUUGGACGAUAUGGUGAAUUUCGAAACUUUCGGUAGAAGUAUGCAGCUACUGUUCCGUUUGAUGACCUCGGCUGGGUGGAACGAUGUGUUGGAGUCGCUGAUGGUGCAACCACCGGAAUGUGAUCCCACGCCGAACAGCCGGCAGAUGAACGGAGAUUGUGGAUAUCCUUUGCUGGCAAUCACGUACUUCACCUCGUUCAUCAUCAUCAGUUACAUGAUAGUCAUUAACAUGUACAUCGCCAUCAUCUUGGAGAAUUUCAAUCAAGCUCAUCAGGAGGAGGAGAUCGGCAUCGUCGAGGAUGACUUGGAAAUGUUUUACAUCCGAUGGUCGAAGUACGAUCCACACGCAACUCAAUUUAUCAGCUUCUCUCAGCUGAGCGACUUUAUAGCGAGCCUGGACCCGCCGCUGGGGAUAUCAAAGCCCAACGUGGUAGCAUUGGUGAGCUUUAAUCUUCCCAUCGCAAAGGGUAACAAGAUUCAUUGUCUGGACAUCCUACAUGCGCUCGUCAAGCACGUUCUUGGGCACGUCGAGGAAUCGGAUGACUUCAGGAAGCUGCAAGAGCAGAUGGACGUCAAGUUCAAGAAGCAGUUCCCAACCAGGAAAGAAUUGGAGAUAGUGUCUUCCACAAGAAUCUGGAAACGGCAAGACAAAGCUGCCAGGUUGAUUCAACAUUCUAUAAGAGAAUUCAUUGCGAUGAAGAAGGAGCGCGAAAGAAUCGCCCAGGAAGUGGACUCCCAGACGCAGACCUCAAGUCCGGGUGGCGUGGACGGUAGGAGCGGGAGUGGAUGGGGCGGUAAGCUGUCGGCCCUUCUGCACGUGCAUCGGGGUAGCCGGGCGAGUAGCCGCAAGUCCUCCAGGGCCAGCGACGCCAGCGACCUCAGCGAACUCGGAACGGCCUCGGCUUGGCUGUUCCCAAAUCUUCCUCUGCUGUUGCUCUCCGGCGCCACCGGAACCCACGAGGACCUGCAACCCCCGGCUUUGACAGUCUCCCGUCCUUCGCCGACCGCCGAACAGCCCUCCGCCGCUUCCAGCUCCGGCUCGGACUCCCACGCUACCGUCAGGUCGCUGGGUCCUACGCUGGGCCGGCAAGACGCGGUGGAGAAGUACCCGGAGGAGGAGGCGUUGAGUCCGCCGAUCUCGAAGCGUGGCUCAUUGCGGCCGAGCGGCACCACGCUCUCGCUCAACACGCUGCAACGGGACAUCAAGGAGGCGUUUAACCGGCGCUGCGGCAGCCUGAGACGGCGGCCGCCGGAGCCGGUGCAGCUGCCGGCCGAGGGUAGUGACGUGAGCAUUCUAGUGACGGAGCCGAGCCCGGAGAAUACCGCGCCACCCUCGAGGCCGCCGCUGCUCAGGCAGCAGUCGGAGGCGACUGUGGUGCAUGUACUGGUGCACAGAGAGAGCGAGGAGUAUCAGGACACGCCGGACGACAGCUGAUCCUAGUCGACGCGAUCCGGGUACUCUGACGACGAUCGCGACGACGAUUGCGGCGGCAGCGCCGGUGCGACUCAGUGAUAGUAAAUACCGUAGCAGAGGCCGUACAUGUAGACUUUUCACACACACAGAUCUAAACGUUAGGUAGGACGCGUGGCUUCUCCGAGGCGAACCUCCUCGAGACCUCGACUGCGAGAAGUGUGUACGUUUCGUCGAAGUGUCGGAUCGGAUUCCGCGUGUGAUGAUGGUUCUCGACCGUCGGCGAUGUCCGGAGGAAGAUGUUCCGCCGCUGAAUAGCGCAGAUUCGUCGUUAAAGUGUUAACGCUGAUUUCGCGGAUGUCUGCUGCGAAAACCCAGCGAACCUCUUUGUUCGGCUGAAAAUUGAGCUAAUUGAGAAUGCGGUCAGACCCCGCGCAUAAUCAAGGCGUGCAGUUAUCGAGUUGCGGUUUCAUUGCCGCAAUGUCGCGAGAAUAGGUCGAGAGCCAUCGCAACGAGAAACGAAGGAAGGGACAAGGACGAGAUUAUGAAAACAAACAGAUUUUCGACAGUUUUUUUUUUUUCAUUACGAGAUAGAAAGGCGGGACAGGUGGAGGAACACCGGUUUCGUUAUCACGUUGACGCAGAGUUGCUCUUGGAUAAAGAGAAAAAAUGAAGAGAAAGAUAUACGCGACAAUACUGAGUUUCUCUGGCGGCGAAGGAGUAAGGAUGAAUUACCAGCGUAGCGGAAAUACCAGAUGUAGCCGUUCUCAGGAAACGAGAACAAUACGAGAGGAAUACUUAUCGCAUUGUUACAUUAUAUCUCGCGACAAAAAGUUGAUCCGCGACAUUAGAGGUGCGCGUGUGUGUAUGUGGGUAUGUGCGUGUGUGUGUGUGUGUGUGUGUGUGUACAUAAUAGAGGUAACGGAUACAAUUUACUACAUUAUGAAUUUUUGCUACGUACAAGAAUCCACACAUUGACGCGACUGACGAAUCAUUACUGUCUUAAAUUCUAAGGACAAUUCAACGCUUUUCCCCGGAGACACUUUGAAAUGUGAAUCUUGAACCGCACUUUAACCGCGUGUUUCCGACACUAUUUGAUCGUAUACUGAUCUGUACAAAAAAAAAAAACUGUACGCGGCACCGGUUUGCCUUUAGCAAUUUUCUCUAUGCCGUGUUGUUAAUAUAGUAUGUACAUAAAACAGAAAGAGAAAAGGAGAGACACGUCGCAUUAACUGCGAUCAAUCGGAAAUAUAAUUGUAUCGUGUUUGCAUUAGAGAGACUCGUACGAACGAACGAUAAACGCCAGUCGAUGCUUCCGCGGCAUUCGAAUUUACUAAAUCCAAUUACCUAAUCAACAUUCUCUAUCGCGAGAUUAGAUACUUCGAAAUAAGAUUGUACUAACGUUGACGCAACUGACUUCUUUUCUGAGACAGCGACUAUUUCUAGUAAGUUGCGCUACUCUGGUAAGAACAUGCUUCUAUCUCGAUCGUUAAUUUGCCUCUUCGGUGGAUUUUGAAAAAAAAAGAAAAAAAGAAGAAAAAGAAUUUAGCAGCUAUUCAAUAGCGUUGGGCGUUUAUACAUAAACGAGCAAUCGCAUACACGUAAAUAAAGUUGUAGACAGUUAAGUUAGAACGUCCAACGUUGAAAUCCCAUAUUGGAAACACUUUGAGAUGAUUGGAAUCGCCAAUAUCAACAUUUUUUAAUGUAAUUACACAUCGGGAAGACGAUUGAGGUUUCCACUUAUCUCGUUGGCCGCAAAAUCGAUCUCAAUCGCUUGCUUGUUAUUCGAAAAUAGCAUUUUGGCGCUGCUGUUUAAUUCACCAUUAAAUUCUCAAACUCAUCGUCUGAUAGCUUCUUUAACGCUGAUUUUACACGGCUUUAGUGAAUGAGAGAGAGAGAUAAAGAGAGAGAGAGAGAGAGAGAAAGAGAGAGAUAUUUAUGCACUCGCGUGCACGUAUAAAGACGCUCUUCGGUACGGAUAAUCGCGAGACUACCUUUUUACCAACUCUACAUUUAUACAUUGCGUAAUCCUUGUCUCUUACGUCGUAAUUAAGGGUGGUCGGACCAAAUAUGGGCACAUUCGACUCUGUUGAACGGUGUUUUCUUCAAAAAACGGAAAAAAGAGAAAAAGAGAACCUAGAUCUCGUUAGCACGUAGAUAACGCAGACCGCCCGGAGUUUGCUACGAAGAACGAAUUUUACCGGUAUACAAAAAGAGUACUGCCUCAAAUCUUAGGGUAAAAUCACUCGCAUCACUAACGGCGAGGAAGGUCGUAAGAAAAAAAAAAAAAGCGAAUAAAACAAAGGCGGAGAUAAUGUGGCUUCCUUCGGUGAUCGUGAUUAUUGUCGAAUAACCAAAAUAUCUGAUUCCGUUUCUUAUAGUCAUCACUUUUGGAUUAGCGAGCCAGUUGUCGUAACCGUGAAACGAUGACUCGAUCAGCUGAUCGCAGUAUAUCAGUCGACAGAGUUGGGUGUAUACGGUUAAUCGACGAUACGACAGCUUCAUUGAAAGAAAAGAAAAAGGAAAACGUAAUAAAGUAAGCAAUUAAAAAUGCAAGAAAACUACGAGAGAUAAUCUGCGAUAAUUCGAGCGUUUUAGCCUACGCGUGUUAUAUUGAAUCACGACGAUGGCCAAAUUUUUCAUAUUAACAUUUUACGAUCCGUGCUAUGAAGUUGUCGCGCUCUCUGACUUGAACAAACUAUGUGAUUUAUACUUAGCCGCACUUUUCCAACUGCAAAUAAAUACCGGUAAAAAAGGACUUAUUAAAAUUAAAACAUAUUGACUUUUUCGAUCGUGAAGUUUAUGUUUUUCUCUUACCGGUGAAUAUGAUAAAUUUCAAUUUUUUUAUUUGUUUUUACUUGUCUCAGAUAGUCAAAGAUAGUAAUCGUUUUUUGCUAGCCGAGAAAAAUUAAACGUAAGUGUCAAAAAUUGAUCAGAUCUCCGUCUAUCGGCAAUUUGUAAGAAGUCUCUUACUCUUUCUCCCUAACCCAAUAUAUUAAUGUUUUCACAUCGCGAUCACCAUAUUACCGGCGGAUCGUAAAAUGUUAAGUUUACGCGUGGAGUUUCAUUUAUAUCCAAAAUUCACCGAAAAUUAAUCGCAUUAAUUAUCGUCCCGCCGUUGUUGAUGAUUUACUCUAUGCAGCACAUAAUACGCAACCGAUAUUCGUUGGCGAUUUAAAAUCACCGUAAAAAUAGCGCGAUAUUCUUCUCAAUAAGUUCUACAAGUAUGAUCCGCAACGUAUGUUCUACGUACGACAAAGUAUAUUCGGUAUAAAUGUCGAAUUUCGUAAAUUUCUCUCAAGAGUUCAGCGGAAGACAAAUUCUCCGCGCGGAGAUUACACGUAAAUCCCCAACACUGUUCGUCAGCCAGCCUCAUUGUCGCAAGGCAAAGCGCCGAGGGCUUCUCGUUCUCGAUCGUUCGUUGCUUAUGAUAUCGCGCGAAUAUCCUCGCGAUUCGUCGAGGAGGGGAACCGCUCGAAAGGCGACUUCUCGCUCCGUCGCGCGAAAAAAUUAUACAGUUGCGCGACGAUCGUAAUACAUCGUACUGCCAUAGCUGUUCGAUCGAUUAGGUGUGUUUUCCGUUUUGCGUUUAUGUAGAAAUCAUCGGGGAAAGGCACGACGACUGAGAAGAGAACGACAACGUCCCCCGUGUACGUCCACGUUCUCAUUUCACGACGUUUCUGACUUGAUGUUUCUCUCGAUUCUCUCCGUGCUGUGCACCGUUAGAUGCUUCGGAAUUUCGGAAGCAAGAUACUGCUCAAAACGACACGUAUAUUUGACAUCGUAUCGCAGCAGGUUUCUCUCGUUUUGCAUUUCUGACAUCCGGUAGUCCCGUGACCGCGCGCUGGUUUCAACCCUUCCAGCGAGUCGCGCUGAAGAGAAAAUAAAACAAGAUAACUUUAAUAACAAACGGUGCACGAACGAAGUAACAAGGCGAACGGUAUUCUGCACUCGGUCUACGUGCAAAUAUAUUUCUUCAACAUCUAGACUGCCCAACUAGUUUCAGCCAAAAUCGUAACGCGCGUAAUGACACACAGUAAAAUACACAGCAAAAGAUUUUAUGUUAAAAACAGUCCACUAUGUUUUUUUUUGUUACUUUAACAUGAAAGGGUUGAGUGCGUUUCGUUCUCGAAGGCGAUUUCUGACGGUAAAGCGCUUUCCGUUGCACGAGUCGCGGAUGGUUUGCGAUCGCGCAGAAUCGUCUUCAGGAGCGAGGCUGGAUAAAAGGCUCGUUAACUGGACACUUCGACUGUAACUUUAGCUCCAGGAUUGAUUUAACAAAAAGCUCUUGAGAGCGGCUUCCCACGGAAAUAUCGGUGACGUUCGAUUUUGCGUGUGCUCGCUCUUAAAUUUUACCCAAGAACGAAUUGAAAUUCCUCGUCAACCCGAAUUCGCGCGAAUCCUGCCCGAUAAAACCUCCAAUCUUAUCGAAGUAUUAAGCUCUUUUAAUGUACGAAGCUUUGAGCGAUAUAAUCUUCUUAAAUUCUUAUUCAUAUUACGCGACGUAUUUUCUCUCCGCUUCUCGUCAGUCCACAUUUUUACUCGUUUCUCCUGCGUCGUUUCCGUUUUAUCGUAGAUUACGCACACCUACAGCCGCGAGUGUCACCUGUGACGGCGUGAACAGAUCACAGCAAGAACCUCAGAACCUAUUGUUAACGAUUGCACGAAGGAAUCGCUUGAAUCGUAUAAAAAGAUAAAAGAGAUAAUAACAGUCCAAAACUCGCGUCGCGCGACAUUGCGACCCACGUGCGCCUCCGAGAGUUCUCAUUACCACAGCGCGCCCUGACAUACGGGAUCCUUCGCAGGACCGACUUUAGAUAUCCUCGGGUCUCUCAUCGCUUCCGACAGAUCGUCAGCGUUAUUUUAUAAUCGUUCACGUGUGUAUACUCCGCGCCGAUUUGUCUCACUCCGACACGCCGCUCCUAUAAAUGUCUCUCUCGCCGACAUUUAGAGUCGUUUGGGCCUUUGUUGCUAAAAAGAAGAAGAGAAAAAAGGGAGAGAGAGAGAGAGAGAGAGAUUAUCCCCUGCGAAAGGAUAAACGCGUGAGGCUGGCUUCGCUAAGUUCCAUUAGAACGUCUCAAACGAGCGGACGGAUAACACAUGCGGGCGCAUGUUCGAAUUUCCAUGGACAACGAAUUAUUUUAAGAAACACCCCGUAACCGUAUCUUUUUAUCCUAGAUAAGCGCAUUAUGUUCCGACGGUCCACCAGAAGCUUUUACGGGGGUCGCCACAGUGAUAGUCAUCACUCCGCAAAGGGAAUACCGCUACCAUACAAUUUUACUUUCCCUCUGUGUAGACGGAAACGUUGCCGCUGAAAUGCCACAACCUCACGUUGACCUAUAGUGCCUAUUAUCAAUUAGCGGACACCGAGUGAUUGGGUAUCGUUGUCGAAUUCCCGUUUUACAAGCAUCCCGGCCAGUGGCACGACGCCGAGAUAUUCGAUCGAUGUACUCGGAUGUCCGAAUCCCCGAAUAUAUAUGUAAUAACGUUUCCCCUUUGUCCUCAUUUAAAUGCGUUGCGUCAUGGCAAAAAAUCGCUAAGUGUCUGAAUCCAUCAAACGUAAAUAUCUAGAAAUCAUUUGACGAUUAAACGAUGAACAAAGGGCCAACGUAGGAUAAGACUUUGACACGCGAAUGAACGAAAUCAAGUGAUCGCAGGCGACGAAAGUCUCAUUUCGUCGCUCUUACCGAACAUUUCCCCAAACAAUUAAAAGUGCUAGAACGCCUGAUCCGAGAGAGAGAUACUCUUUUCCAUUAUAAAGAACAAGGAGAAAAUUAUAUCAAGCGACAUGUCCGACAAAAUAUCCGAGUACACCCGUCGGAUGUCCGCGGCGGCUACGGACGGUGACAUUGACACGUGCAUAGAGAUAAAUUAGACCCGCGUAGCAUUAUUACGAUAUACACGUAUACAUAUAUAUAUUAUAUAUAAUAUCAGACGUUAAUCAGACUGUAGUACUUCUGUGCUUGACAAGCUUGACACAAUUCUGUUUGCACACGUGAAAGAGAGAAAGAAGAAGAAAAGGGGAGGAAAGAGAAGCGGAAGAGAAAGCAAGGUGGAAGAACGUUCUUUCGAUUGGCGAUUCGACGGCGGUCCGGCGGCGAAUUUGCGGAUCGGCGGACGAGUCCGAGAUCCUCGGGAGCUGGUUUUCACGAGGCAUAUAUGAUAAAAUUAUAUGUCAAUUAAAAAUUAUAAAUAUACUACACACACAUACACACAUGAGAGGGAGACGUGAGGGAAACGCGUGUGCAGUCGUAAGAGCGAGUCGCGCGAUCUCUCAAUCUCGGAUCGCCGAAUAGCGGAAACGUCGCGAUUACGUGCGCGCGCGCGUUCAUCUCCGCGCAAACAUUAAUACUUGUAAAUAUAUACAUAGGUAAAAUAAAUGAACUAAAACGAGAUAUUAUAUAUACAUAUACAUAUAUAUAUAUAUAUAUUAUAAUUAAACGGAACGAAAGAGACUGGACGUAUGUUAGCUGCACUCUCUGAGAGGCUGCAUCUUCUUCGAAAACUGUACAAUCAUGCGUGGGCGACCGCCAGGCGUCCCAUGCGAGAGAGAUUACCCUAUAUAGAGCACUAAUUAGUCUUUCUAAUUGCGCGUCUGCGUAUGUGUGCGGAUGAAUAAUUGCGUAUGCUCAAUGCCUACACAUACCCGUGCUCGCUGGUAAUAACGUGCACGCACAUACACGUAACACAAAACACCACACGCGUACGUACGUGCAUAUGUACGUGACAAUACCGUUAUACAUAAUACACACUACACAUGUGGGGAAUCGAGGAGAUGAGAGACGACAGUUUAUAUCGCUGUUAUUUCGAGUUAUACGAUAUCGCUCUAUAUCCGGUUAGAACCAUUACGGGUGCGAGAGAGGAAAAAAAGUUUUGCGAUUUGCGCGACGAGCGAGAACAAAGGAUACGAACGAGCGACGAUCGUGCUGUUAGCUUUCUCGAAAGCCCAUUUUCGCUCCUGCUCCCCCGCCCUUCACCCUUUCACUCCCCACUUCCCGCUUGAGAAAAGUCCCAGGUCAUGUUUCGUCAGGCCCUACGUGCUGUUUGAAAACCGCGUGAGGGGAUUACAUAGAUGAAUUGUAUAUUCAGAUAAUAUAAUGCACAGGGGGUGGGGCAAAUUAUA